UUAUUUAUAUAGUUUAAAUACUUCAACUUUUAACUAAUAUAAAAGUUAAAACAUAACUUAAAUGAAUAUGUUUCGACGAAUGAAUUUAUGGCAAAUUUCCAAUUCUAGUAGUUAUGUACAGUAUUUGUGAUUCAACUCGGCGGGAGAUAUCUAAAUAUAAACAUUUUCUUGUCUCGUUCGGCACCAUCCAGCACAUGGAACCUAUUAGACGUCGAACAUUUCUAGAAACAAUUUCUUACAUUCGUUUACCUAAUAAUGUUCGUCUUCAACCUUACACAAAAGAAUCAUUUGACAAACAAACUAAAAGAAGACAAAAAGCUUUGCGUGAAUUUUCAUUCAUACCCGAAAGAAAAACUUCCCUUCCAGAAUGCGAAGAACUUUGCAUUCUUCCUCAUUCAAUACCUUCGCAACUGAUGGGUAUCCCGUUGGAAGAAGUCGAUAAAGCAGGUUUAGAAAAGAUAUUUUAUGUCGUGUCACAUAGAAGUACUAGAUGCUAUUUGUAUAGAUUUAAUGCAGAUCCAUCAUUGUUUUAUUUUUUCCCAUGGAAUCCAGUUCGUCGUUUUUGCAUAACAUUUUUUACACACAGAUAUUUUGAUUAUUUUGUUGUGACUAUAAUUUUAAUAAAUUGCAUUUUUCUUGCAUUGAGUCAUCCUAUUGAAGAAACAGAGUAUGUAUUUCUUAGCAUAUAUACAGCAGAAAUGAUUAUAAAAUCAAUUGCGAAAGGUUUUAUUUUAAAUAAAUUUACUUACUUAAGAAAUGCUUGGAAUUGGUUGGAUUUUAUUGUUAUUUUAUCAGGGUAUUUAACAAUUGCUCUUCAAGCUUUUGGAGUAGGAUUUGGUAAUCUUGCAGGUUUACGAACAUUCCGUGUUUUAAGAGCUUUGAAAACAGUUUCUAUAUUACCAGGUCUCAAGACUAUUGUGAAUGCCAUGUUAUGUUCAAUUAGAAUGUUAGCAGAAGUUAUGACUCUAACUGUUUUUUGUCUUAUGGUAUUUGCUUUACUUGCAUUACAGUACAUUAUGUUUAUUAGAUUGUGUCCCAAGAAUUAUACAUGUCUUCCUGACAUUGGAGACAAUCCUAACCAUGGAUAUACUAAUUUUGAUUCCUAUGGUUGGGCUGUGUUAAAUACACUUCAGCUAAUAACAUUAGAUUUUUGGGAAGAUGUUUACAACAAGAUAAUUGAUGCAACUGGUCUUGCAAGUAUAAUUUUUUUUAUCCUUAUUAUUUUUUUGGGAUCAUUUUAUUUAGUGAAUUUGACAUUAGCUGUGGUAGCAAUUGCUUAUGAAGAAGAAGCAAAGAAAACAUUACAGCAAAGAGAUAAACUUAAAACUUUUAAAACAAGUUUUCCAAUAAUUACAAAAUUGUUAUCAAAAUUCAAAUUCAAGAAUUGUAUAAAUGCAAGUGAUAAUCAGAAAAAUAAAAAUGUUCAAAAUUUGCCAAAUGAUUUACCUGAUGAUAAUACCACAAUAGAUGAAGAAAGAUUUUGUGUAGUUCCAGAUAUUAUAAUAAGUACAGAAAAAUCAUUGAAUACAUCACACAACCAGCAAAAUAAAGAGAAAUUUAGUGCUCUUCUAAGACAGCAUAGGAAGAAACAACACUUUCAGUUUAUUGAAGAAAUAGAAAAUGAUGAAGUUAUUUCAAACAUUUCAACAAAUCUUCCUGGUACCUGUAAUCCUGAAGAAGUUACUCCAGUUAAUCCUGUAAAGAGGAAUUAUAGAAAACUAUUUUUGGAAACAGACAGAGAUUCAGAAGACAGUAACUAUGAAAUUAAACAUUCUAAAUAUUUCAGAAAUAAAUGUAGAAAAACUUGGAAAAUAAUUCAGAAUUUUCUUGCAAGACUUGUCAACGAUCCCUUAUUUGACUUGAUAAUUACAUUGUCUAUAAUUCUUAACACAACAUUCUUAGCAACUGAACAUUUUGGGAUGAGUUUAAAGGUGGAAAAAGUUCUUUGUUUAGGAAAUUUGAUAUUUACUGGUAUAUUUACUAUAGAAGCAAUACUUAAAAUUGUGGCAUUGGGUAGACAAUAUUUUAAUAAUCAAUGGAAUGUAUUUGAUUUUGUUAUUGUAAUUCUCAGUCUAUUAGAUCUGAGCUUUGAAAGUGUCAGUGGAUUAUCAGUUUUGAGAACAUUUCGCUUAUUACGAGUUAUGAAACUUGCUCAGUUUUGGCCUACCAUGCGUAUAUUACUAGCAAUUAUAGCAAGUACUUUAGGAGCAGUUGCAAAUAUGACUCUCAUUUUAACUGUAAUUAUUUACAUAUUUGCAAUACUAGGUAUGCAGUUGUUUGCAGACAUUUAUACUCCAGAAAAAUUUUAUCCUGAUUCAGUUCCAAGAUGGAAUUUUACUGAUUUUUGGCAUUCCUUAUUAUUAAUAUUUCGUAUUUUAUGUGGUGAAUGGGUUCAACCUUUAUGGAAAUGUAUGCAAGCUGCAAAAGAUAAAUAUCAACUGUGCAUUCUUUUCUUCAUAACUGUUCUCACUGUUGGCAGCUUUCUAGUUUUAAAUCUUUUUCUUGCUAUGCUACUCAACUCUUUUAACUCCAAAGAACUAAAGAAAAAGAAGUUAUGGAGAAAGAUUGCAUUAAUAAUUGUUAAUCAUAAAGCUUUUGAAUGGAUCAUUCUUUUAUUUAUUUUUGCUAGUAGUGGCUUAUUGUGUUUUGAAGAUAUUUAUCUUCCUCAAAGACCAACAUGGCAAUUGGCUAUAUCAUAUUUAAAUUAUAUUUUCACUGGAAUAUUUGUUCUGGAAAUGCUAUUAAAGUGGACAGCAUUUGGAUUUAUUAAAUAUUUUACUAAUUUUUGGACAAUAAUGGAUUUUAUUAUAGUAUUAGUUUCUAUCUUGAGUAUUGUUCUGGAAAAUGCUGGAAGUGGAUUAUAUUCUUUAAGAUCAAUUAGGACAUUGAGAGCAUUACGACCUCUUCGUGCAAUAUCCCGUUGGCAAGGAAUGAAGAUUGUGGUUAAUGCUUUAAUGUCAGCUAUUCCAUCUAUAUGCAAUGUCUUACUAGUUUGCAUUGUAUUUUGGCUGAUUUUUAGUAUUAUGGGUGUGCAGUUUUUCAGUGGAAAGUUUUAUAAAUGUGUAGAUGGAAUGGAUCAUCGUCUUUCUCAUCUUGAAAUAAAAAAUCGUAAUGAAUGCAUUGCUCUAAAUUUUACUUGGAAAAAUUCAAAAAUAAAUUUUGAUAAUGUUGGAAAUGCAUAUUUAGCUUUAUUUCAAGUAGCUAGUUUUGAAGGUUGGACAGAAACAAUAGCAGAUGCCACAGAUAGCACAGAUAUUGACUGGCAACCAUUUCAUGAGGCCAAUUUUUUAGCUUAUUUAUAUUUUGUUAUUUUCAUUAUUUUUGGCUCUUUUUUCACAUUAAAUUUGUUUAUUGGAGUAAUAAUAGAUAAUUUCAAUAUGCUGAAAAAAAAGUAUGAAGGAGGAAUUCUUGAAAUGUUUUUAACAGAUAGUCAAAGAACAUACUACACAGCAAUGCAAAAACUUGGACAGAGAAAACCUCAGCGUAUUAUACCAAGACCAUUUAAUAAGUAUUUAGCUAUUAUUUAUGAUGUAGCUGUAAGUCGCAGGUUUGAAAUGAUUAUAUUUUUAAUCAUAGUUAUCAAUUUGAUUGUUAUGUCUUUUGAACAUUAUAAACAGUCUGAAAAUACAACCAUGAUUUUGGAAUAUAUGAAUAUAAUUUUUACAACUUGUUUUACAUUAGAAGCUAUUAUCAAGAUAACUGGACUUGGAUAUCAUUAUUUUAGAAUGCCUUGGAAUAUAUUUGACUUUUGUAUUGUUAUUGCUUCAAUAAUUGGUGUUAUCUUUGAAGAAGCAUUACAAAAAUUCAUCAUUAGCCCAACUUUAUUAAGAGUAAUUCGCUUGGUUCGAAUUGGAAGGAUACUUAGACUCAUUAAAGCAGCCAAAGGCAUUCGAAAAUUACUGUUUGCAUUAAUUGUAUCACUUCCUGCUCUUUUCAAUAUUGGGGCCUUACUUUUUCUUGUUACUUUUAUUUAUUCAAUUAUAGGCAUGUCAUUAUUUGCCCACGUCAAACAUGAUAACAACAUUACAGACACAAUAAAUUUUGAAACCUUUGCUCACAGCAUGGCACUUUUGUUUCGCCUUGCAACAUCUGCUGGAUGGAACGACAUUUUAGAGCCACUGACAGUCCAGCCACCAGAUUGCGAUCCUAAUUAUAAUAAUCUACCUAAUGGUAACUGUGGUUAUUCAUUUGUUGCCGUUUUGUAUCUGGUCAGUUAUAUUAUUAUUAACUACAUGAUAAUAAUAAACACUUAUAUAGCAAUAAUUUUAGAAAAUUUGAAUCAAGCAAAUCAAGAAGAAAUGGGCAUCACUGAAGAAGACAUUGAGUCAUUUUAUAUCACUUGGUCCCGGUAUGAUCCUCACGCUAUCCAAUUUAUCAGUUUAAUCCAGCUUUCAGAUUUUGUAGCAGAUUUGGACCCACCUUUAGGAAUACCAAAACCAAACAAUAUUGCAAUUGUUCUAAUGAAAUUACCAUUAUCAAAAGGGGACCAAGUACAUUGCUUGGAUAUUCUUCAUGCCUUGACAAAACGAGUUUUAGGUGACGUGGAAGAAACAGAUGAAUUUAAAACGUUGCAAGAGCAAAUAGAUCAGAGAUUUCGAAAAACUUUUCCCACUCGUAGUCAAACUGAAAUUAUUUCAAAUACCUGGGAAAGAAAAAAGCAAGAAAAUGCUGCAAAAGUGAUCCAAAGGACAUUUAAAAAAUAUAAAAUGAAGCAUUAAUUUGAGGACUGUCAUAUUUUUCAUCUAUGGACAAUUGAGGGGCUGGGUAGAAAAAUGGCAUAUUCCACAUUAGGAAUUUUUCAAGAAAAUAAAAUGCUGAUGAAUUUUAAACAUGUCAUUUCCAAUGUACAGCACUUUAUUAAUGUGGUUAUAAAACUCAUAGGGCAUGUAACUGAACCAUGAAAGUUUCUUAGAUGAUGGAUUGAUGAUGCACAAAUCCAAAUUUGUUAGUAACUUGUUUUUUGAAGUUUUGAGGAUAUGCAGUUUUGCCAGCCUCUCAACUUUUUAAAUAGAAAUUAUAACUGUACAUAUCAAAAACUGAGUAAUCCAAAAAAAUAUUUUUUGUUAAAAAUUAAUUUAAA